AUGCACCUAAUUGUUAUUGCUGAUGAUGGUGUUGCAGGAAUCUCAUGUGUGCACGCAUGUGCUGCUAUUUCUAGGGCCAACAGACCAUUGGCAUCUUUGGUUAAGAGGAAACCUGGACAGCUCCAAACCAAGAGAAGGAAGGAUGCAGAUGAGGGGGGUCACUCUAGCAAGAAAUCCAAGCCAACCACCACUCUAAAGAGACAGCUACGACCAUUCACUUGCAAGUAUUGCUUGCAGAAAUGUCAUACAAAAAGAGGGUGUCAGAAGAAGAAAGCGGCUGAAGCUGCAGAGGCUGAGAAGAAGAAAGCUGCGGAGGCUGCUGCUAAAGACCCUAAAGCUGCUUCUCAGAAUGUCACUGCAACUGCCACUGCGUCAGCUACAACAACUACUUCCAAUGCACCUCAAGCUGCAACUGCCUCUGCUACUGCUACAGGCUCUGGAAUUGCAACAGCGUCCGCUACUGCUACUGCUACUGCAUCUGCUAUUGCAUCUGCCCCUGCUCCUGCCACUCUUGUGGAUGUGGAUGUCCAGCAGGCUGAAAUUGAUUUGUCUCAGCCCUCAUACUCUGAAGCUGAAAACUCCCAAAAGGAGCAUGAACAAAACAGGAACACACCUACAAGACCUGGGAAACUGCCACCUAGAAGAAGGUCACCUACUCCAACUGGCUCUGCAUCAUUCAAUCCAAUGGAGGGAGCUAGUGAGGCAACUGCAGCAAGGCUCGCCAACUUCCUGAAGUUUGUACCCACCCCAGUGUUCAAACCGCCAAGAAAGAAGUGA